CGGUUCCGGCGGAGACUUCAAGCUCGGGCACUCGUCUCUCGUCGAUAGUCAAUUGCUCAGUACCACCCUGAAUCUCGGGUGAGGUUUCGGCACUCAAACGCAACUCAAACACAACUUUUUUUACGGGCCAUCUCCACCACACCUUUCUUGGCCCAUGACCGCGUUUCCUCUCGCCUCCAAUCUUCCUCCCUUUCAACCUCGCGCUCCCCUUCGCACCUCUAGUAAUCGCGCCCCGAACCGACUUCUCUUCAUUUUCCCUUAUUGCCGCCGUCUUCCCCCACCCACCUCCAGCGCAGCUUGUGCUCGCUUUCGCCUCAGCCGCCAAAAGUCUUCCCGGAUUCACCUCCCAGACUCAGUUCGAGAAUGA